GUCUGCAAGGAUUCAUACCAAAUCGAUUUUUGUUUUCUUUCCCUUAAAUUUUGCCGUAUUGAAUUAUAUAUCACGUGACGUCCAGAUCUGGUUUCGCUUCCGGAGACGCUAACGAGACCGCCUUUGACAAUUCUCGAGAAUUUCUCUGAGCAUCCAGUCUAGUGAUAUCUUCACCGAAUCGCCAUAAUUCUUCACCAUGGGUCCCGCUAUGCCGAACCCCGACCUUCAGUCGAAGAAGAGAAAGAGAAAGCACGGAAGUGCUUCAGUCGACAAAGAUGCGGUGAAAUCGGCCGCGCCUCAGGUGCCAGAGACCAGUGAAGUCGCUGCAUCGCCUGCAGCCAAGGCCGAAAAGCCCAGCAAAAAGACCAAGAGAGCUCCCAAGGAAGAAAUUGAGGAGGAAGUUGAGGAUGCCGAGGAGGUUUCUGAAGAUGAACAGGAGGAUGGCGCACAGAAUGGCGAAUCUCCCGCCGAGCAGAGCGACCUGCCGACCAACGGCGCUGUCACGCUUCCCGUUACCGGCGAGGAACCUAAGAAAUUCUCCGAACUGAGCCUUACGGAGAAGACUAUGAAGGCGAUUGAGGGCAUGGGAUUUGAGAACAUGACUGAAAUCCAACAACGAGCAAUUCCCCCGCUCAUGGCUGGACGCGAUGUGUUGGGUGCGGCCAAGACAGGUUCCGGAAAGACGUUGGCUUUCUUGAUCCCGGCCAUUGAGAUGCUUAGUGCCCUGCGAUUCAAGCCGAGAAACGGAACCGGUGUCAUUGUGGUCUCUCCUACUCGUGAACUCGCUUUGCAGAUUUUCGGUGUUGCUCGCGAACUUAUGGCCAACCACUCCCAAACGUACGGUAUCGUCAUUGGCGGUGCAAACCGAAGCGCCGAGGCAGAGAAGCUGACCAAAGGUGUCAAUUUGCUUAUUGCUACCCCCGGUCGACUCCUAGAUCACCUGCAGAAUACCCAGGGUUUCGUUUUCAAGAACAUCAAGACCCUAGUCAUUGACGAGGCGGACCGAAUUCUGGAAGUUGGUUUCGAGGACGAAAUGCGUCAGAUUGUCAAAAUUCUGCCUCAGGAGGAGAGACAGACAAUGCUCUUUUCGGCCACCCAGACCACCAAGGUCGAGGACCUUGCGCGCAUCUCUCUUCGUCCCGGCCCGCUUUAUAUCAACGUCGACCACCGCAAAGAGCACAGUACCGUGGAGGGUGUGGAGCAAGGUUACGUUGUUUGCGACUCGGACAAGCGAUUCCUGCUCCUCUUCUCCUUCCUGAAGCGUAACCUGAAGAAGAAAAUUAUUGUCUUCUUUUCAAGCUGUAACUGCGUCAAGUACCAUGCUGAGCUCCUUAACUACAUUGAUCUUCCGGUGCUCGAUCUUCACGGAAAGCAGAAGCAGCAGAAGCGGACAAAUACCUUUUUCGAAUUCUGCAAUGCGAAGCAGGGUACUUUGAUCUGUACCGACGUGGCAGCCCGUGGUUUGGAUAUUCCGGAUGUUGAUUGGAUUGUCCAAUUCGAUCCCCCGGAUGAUCCUCGCGACUAUAUUCACCGCGUUGGACGGACGGCUCGUGGUAUGAACCGCAAAGGUCGCAGUCUAAUGUUCCUUCAACCCUCUGAAAUUGGGUUCCUGAAGCAUCUCAAGGAAGCGCGUGUGCCCGUAGUUGAGUUCGAGUUCCCGGCCAACCGCAUUGUCAAUGUGCAGUCACAGCUCGAGAAGCUCAUCGGACAGAAUUACUAUUUGAACAAGUCUGCCAAGGAUGGUUACCGAUCCUACCUUCAGGCGUAUGCGUCGCACAGUCUGCGAUCCAUUUUUGACGUAAACAAGUUGGAUUUGGUCAAGGUAGCCAAGGGCUUCGGAUUCCAGACACCGCCGCGUGUGGACAUUACCCUGGGUGCGAGUAUGAGCCGGGACAAGAAGCCGAGUGGUCGCCGAAAUUAUGGCAGUCAGGGCAAGCAGAUGCAACGCUUCAAGCGUUGAAUUGAUUCUUUUGAUAUUGCAUGAUUCGUUGAAUCAUUGCCGGAUUCCCAAAUGCAUCAGACGGGGUAGUUGCUGUGAUUGCUUUGAGCAUGGCGUUCUAGAAUUAAAAGCUGGGAUUGAUUUUUUUGAUGGAUAUAAGUUUUUUCGUUGACAGGCUUCAUUUUCUCUUAAUUGUGCCGCAUUGUUUGAUAGAUGAUUGUCAAUGCAUUUACACUAUUAGAUUUGCAUACGCGGCUCCGUGCACUGGCGGGUGAUUUUUGAAAUAUCCUGGAUAAAAUGUUGACUGAUAUCUUGAAUUUUGAUACGUGC